AUGACCCCACCUUCAAACUCGUCCCCAAACCCUCCGAGAAAUGCUCCAGCAGCAUCGCGUCAGAAACUCGCAAGAAGGGCUUGCGACUCAUGCAAGGUCCGUAAGAUCCGCUGCUCAGAGACUCCCCCCUGUACUGCAUGCGAGGCAUCAGGCAUAGAAUGUACCUUUAUCCGUAUGCAAGGAACCAGAGGUCCGAGGGGACUUCGACCCAGGACUCUGGACAAGAUUGAGCGGAGACGAAAAAACAGUACUUCUAGUCCAGACAAUGAACAGCCUAUUGUAGCUGCCAAGAGGUCUCCAUCCCCUAUUGAUGAGGUAGCUAGCUUGCUUGAGAUACUCGAUGUCUACUCUGAAAGACUCUACCCUAUCUGGCCCAUCGUCGAUGCAACCGAUCUAAGGAACAAGAUCCAGAAGCAUCCCACCCAUGGAGGUGCAGCUCGGUUCCUUGCCAACGCUGUAGCUCUCGCUGCCAUUGCUCAGCUCAAGCUCGAUACUGCGUGGCAGCCCAGAGUGGAGGACGCCGAAACGCGACUAAGCGAGGCACUCGGUCCAUUGGAUGCCUUGCGAAUCUCCUUCUUCCUACAUAUUUAUCACGAAAAUGCUUCUCCUGGUGGAACCAAGUCUCUCAUCUACCUACGCGAGGCAAUUACGCAAGCGCAGAUCCUGAGGCUCGAUCGCGAAUCUACCUAUGCUUCUUUGUCUGAAGCCGACCAACAUGUUUCGCGACGUAUUCUUUGGCUUUUGUUCGUCACAGAGAGGGGCGUCGCACUUCUUCACAAGUUACCCAUAGUCCUCAAACCAAACAUCCUAUUUCCCUGGUUCGGAGGAGCAGAUGACCGCGCAGAAGUUCUCCCGGCUUUCCUCAAGCUGGUUCAUCUAUUCUGGGUAUUUGACCAAAGCGGCAUCUUUGAACUACUUCACAACUUUGACUCGGACUCGGAUCUACCCAACAUGGUUUCCGUCGCACAAAACUGCCUCGAACUACUGCAGCAGAAACUCGUUGACUCGGCCGACAAUGAUGAUUGGGGCCCAAUCAACGAGGUACAGCGCGCAGACAUGUUUGUCACUAGGCAGUGGAUGCGCGCUGUGCUAUGGCGUGCUGCGCUUCGCUUUGGGAUCGUCACUCCGAGUAUGAACCCAGUGGAUAUAGCCAAAGACUUUCUAAGCUUGGUUUCUGAACUUCCCAAGACUGCGCUUGAGUCUCACGGACCUACGCUGGAGUUUAAAACAUUCGAGAUUGCCACAGCGGUAAUUGAUGCCAUGGCAAGCGACCACUCAAUAACAGAUCACCGAUCCGGUCCAGUUCUACAUCAACUACGCGACAUACUAUCAUCUUGUCGAGGCGGAAAUCGGACGCUACUUUCGCUUCUCACGAUACGAAUGGACGCAAUCUUCAACGCGGGCCGCCUUGUCGAGGUACCAGAAGGCGAAGCAGUUGCCUUUGAGACAAACCCGCAAACCUCGUUCCCAAACACAGCCGAGCUCUUGACUUCGCAACCAAACCUCACGAUGCCGACAUACCAGUUUAUGGAGGACCAACCUUCUCAGAUUUGUUGGCCGCCGUUGGACCUCGGCUAUCUCGUCAGAUCCCCUUCGCCGCUUACUCGCAUGUUACUAGAGUCGAUGCCCCGCGAUGUUGGAGAGCAGGAUCAGCAGCAAACAGUGCGGCAAAUAAUCGAGACGCGUACCUAA